GCUGUAACUAUCGGCCCGAUCUGUCAGUCCAACGAAGACACAAUCAGACCCGGAUAGAUGCCGAUAAUCGUUCGAGGAUGUUCGCAGACCUCAACGUUUGAUUAGGUUCAGCUAAGACGGUUUUCCGCAGUGUGACCAUAAAAGGUACCACAUCUUGACCAUGUAACUGAAUCGGAAUUAUACAAAAGUAAUUGAAUUGAGUUAUUCUGUCAACGUGUAGCUGUGCUUAAUAAAAGGCCAAACCUAACUGUGCAACAUAAGGCGUCCGGAACUUAAGUAAGAAGCUAGAACGAACUUAUAUGGUGAAACAAUCGACAUUUUCAACAACAGUUAUAAUUAACGAAGUGAUAAGAAUGCGCGAAUUAAUGUAAAAAAGCAAAACGCAGUUUUGAGAAAACUUAAGAACCUGUUUAAUAAAGCCGUAUUGACGGCUCUGCACGUUCCUCAAGCCUGAAGCGUAGACUAUUCCGUGUUUCAAUUACGCUGGAAAUGCAUUUCUCUUGGAGUCGUCUAUGGAGCGGAGCCGCAGGCUCUAUUUUCGGUGGCAUGAUCCUGCUCAACGUUGCAGCAAUGGCCGCUGUUCGCGAAAGCUGUGAAGGUCGUAUGCAUAACUGUACAGAAAGAGUACGGCCGUUUCUCCAUGAUCUCGAAUACAUGUUUCCAACGAAUCUCCAACACAUCGACAAUAUGUGCAGGAUGUGGGGUGGGUUUGUGGAUUGCAUUCGACUCUAUGUGAAAGACUGUGCUAGCGACGAUCAACGAUCGAGAUUCAACGACGCUGUAGGGGACUCCAUUGACACCGUUCACGCGAUUUGCGCUUCCGACAAGUAUCAGAAAGAGUACCUUCAGAGUGCAUCAUGCUUCCGCAAGGUCUCCGUGGACAACUGUGGCUCUCAUUAUAACGACAUGGUGGGCGAAGUCAGUCAGUCCGGCAGUGAAGCUAGUGACAACAUCUGCUGUUCAUACUCAAAGUUCAGAAGUUGCGUCAGUGAGCCGCUUCUUCGCCUGUGCGGAUCGCACGCUCGGACCAUUAUGGACCACUCGAUGGCAUUUCUAAUUCAUAGAUGCUCAGGAAAUUCUUACUCUCUUUCGUACGAAUGUCCGAAAUCACGGGGUCACUCGAUUUUCACGAAUGAUCGUCCCAUAGUUGUGUCCUCUUCGAUGUCGCUUAACGGUUCACCCAUUGUGGACGAUAACAAGAUGUACAACAAUGAUAUUCGCCAUCGACAUAGCACUUUUCGGUCGACAAACGAUCCAAGGAAUCGGGACGAUUAUUACGAUAGAUAUAACUUUGAUUCGCGGGAGAUCGCGAGGCAGUCGCACCUAACACCCGCAUCGGCAGGGGCAAGCGGCGCGUCAUAUCGGUUGUCAAAUCAGUACAAUAACCGGGCCUUGUCGGAUCACAAUAGUUCGUCGUCCGCGUUUGCAGCAUCACCAACGCUCACGUCGUCGGCAACUGAUUUCGGCGACUCAAACCAGGAUACGGCCAGGAGGCUGCAAGCUACAGCGAAAUUUGAAAGACCUGCUGCGUCCGCUAGCAGUCGCCUAUCGAGGACCUUCAGUGAUAAUGAUUCAUCAACAGCCGUUGCUCAGAUUGGUGGUGGACACCUGCUUAUAAUUAGUUGUUCGCUUUUGAUCCUUACUUUAUUUUGAACAGGUCUCUGGUAUCGGCAGGGUACAUAGCGGCUCUAUGAAGUGAAUAGUGAAAAUCUGCCACAGCAGUGGCGGUUGAGCUCAAAACCGUCGAGAAGAAAGAGUUGCAUUCAGGUUACUUGAGUUAGUUUAUCAUACACUAUUCAGGACCUUACGUCGUACCUGACAUAAGAUAAUCUAACUUUUUGGUGGGUUACUGAAGCUACCCUAUCAAAAAAAUAUUCAAUUUAAUAGAAACUUGCAGAUUGUAAACUCGGAUUUAGCCUCACUCAGACACAAAAGCACGAUAUUUUUUUUUUGUAGUCUGCACAUUUCGAACGAAAUUUUAUAUUUCCACAAACAUCUAUUUUUACUGGUGGACUUUAAUUCUGAACGAGUAGAACGACUUCUCAGUAGAAUUAGGUUCAUCAAGUUUAGAGUGUAGAAAUACACUUUGUGGUUCGUACAACUUACAAAACUGAAUUAAGUAACGGCUUUAGAAUAACAUGCAAACCAUUGUUACUGUACAUCAUUGUUCUCGUUUUUUUGUCAUAUGUAUAUCGCUAACGAUGUAGACCAACACAGCUGCAAAGUAGGCCGAGUCAAUAACAGAUAUUUGGUAAUAAAGUUGCUAUAUUCACAUAGCUGUUGGUGAAGCUAUAUAUUGUACAUAUAUGGUCAAAACCCUCUGUUCAAAAAUGAAUGACUCGUUUGCUCCAGAUUAACGAAUAUUUACUUAAUUACUUAACCCCAAGCUGUCCCCCUCAGAAUAAAUCCCGACGAAUAUAACACACUAAUGCCUCAAAACAUGUCUCGAAUUCGAUCUUCAGUACAAUCCUUAGUUUGGUCAGCAAUUUUUAUGUCGAUAUGCUUCCAUUUCAAAUUUUCUGUUACUUUUGCAAACAUGAAAAUGGGGUUAAUUCCGGGAAAGGGGGUCAGAGCAACACACGUAUUAAAUUAUUUUAUAACAACUGCUGUGCAUCGUUAUGAUGCAGGACUUGCCGUGCCACAGUUCAGGUUCCUUGUGUCAGACGUAGCCGCGAAAUUUUCGAAAAACUUCUUGAUAAUGUUUGCUGGUGAGCGUGGAGCACGACAACAUAAACUCAUAAUAAACAGUUUUUCAACGGACGAACAAAACUAUGAGAUCAAUUUUGGUUUUAGGCCUAGAGCGUGCGAUUUCCUUUUAGUGGGGUUUGUUUUUGUAUCGGUAUUAGAAAGAUUGUAUUCUUGUGCCCUAAUCGUAGCCUAAUAUGGACGUCUGGUCACCCGUAAAAACGUAUUCAAGCCAGUCUGUUUUUUUUUUUAGAAGUGCCAAACGUUUUCCUGGCACAGCUCCCCAUGGACGUUCAUCUAAGGAACGUUCAGUUGUUUCGGCGUAAGCUUUGCCGUAAGCCCUCUAACACCCAGAAGAUCGGUCGAGAGAGCCUGAGAUGAGCCUUUUGAAAUACUUACUUGUUCUACUAGCCCUUUCAUUGUGGUAUGGCUGUUGACGAGCACCAGUUGUUUCGUCUUUUCCACGUUCUCGUGCGCAAUCGUCGAUACAGACCUUCCACGAAGGGGAUUUUUCUCGAUAAACUCCUGUCCGUUUCUGAAGCGCUUGAACGACCUGUUUAUUUGAGCUUUAUUCCAUGCCUAGUUUCCGUAGACACUACGCAACAUCCGCAGUAUCUGAACGGAAUUAUUCUACAACAGACUUAUAGCUGAGAAAAACCGCGAAACGCUUAUUACAUAGAUUUAUACAAUUUCAUCGGAGAACUCGAUGUUGCAUCGGAUUUUUAUGAAAUUUCAUCUCUGUUUAGCGGAAGCCCUGGUUUUCUUCCCAGACCAAAAACCCAUUAACUUUUGAACAAAUGGUUAUAUAUAUAGCUUUCGUAUAUUUAAUAUGGACCAAUACCAAAGCCAUCGAUCCCAACGGAAACUGGGCAGUUAAUAAAGUUUUGUAAAUCAUUGCGACUCUGCAUUUUCUCUCUCGAUUUUCAAUGUAUUCUGAGUGCGAUUAUAAUGACUUGAUUAUACAUCGAAAACUAGAAUCAACUAUAUGAUGAUUUUUGUUCAGAACUGACAUAUUUUAUAACUUAAUACGUUUGCUGAAGAUGGUAAAUAAAUAAGUUCCGGCAUCAACUUAUACUACUAUAAACGUAUCUCAUCCGUAAAUGAUCCCUGAAAACGUUAAACAAGUACGUUUACUUGACUAUAGAUGUUUAUCAAAAUUUUCAUGGUAAUACCGCGGGAUCUUAGAUAAAUAAGACAAAAAUUUAACAUAAAGUAAUGAUCACUGGAUGCAGAAUUUUGUCAAAAACGUCAUAUUUGUGUACGAUUUUUGAUAUAUUUAUGAAAUAUCAACACGUCGACAUCUUUCAAUAUAGCAAUAAAUAUAGUAAUAAAUAUUUUGUACGAAGUGAUUUGACUGAGCAUGUGUUAAACCGAACAAUUUUCUGUAGCGUCACCUUUUAUAAUACUAGAAUUACCGUUGCGUAACUUUAACUUAGCACGACUUCGAAGAUUAACUUAAAUUAAGCUACAAGAGGAUAAUGUUUUCAUAUCUAUCAUUCUUUUUCCGCCUCGGUAACGUUUGUUAAUAAAAAUUAUUUUUUUUCUAUUUUUGAUUUGAAAAUGAAAACCAAAUUCUGUCAUAUUUUAUGCAAAUACAACAUACGCUAACAAAACGGUGAUUAUUGUAGUGUUAUUCUGCAAAG